GUCGAAUGCGUUUCCAACCUCUGGUCUGAGCAGGAUCCUGAGGACGAGUUUUCACCUUCAAGUUCUGAAACUACACUUCCUAGCCACAGUUCCGGUUCCCACGGUUUAUCUGUGCAAUCGGGCUCAACUACUUACGGGACGACUCCCGCGUCCAGAUGGCAAUCAGCCGAGAUUUCGAAGUCACCGUCGGCCGCUUCUUUGUCGAUGGAAGCUAGUCCCUCUAUGUCCGUGUUCACAACUCCUCAGCAGCAACGACCAACGAAGCAACCGUCGCUGGUUACCAGUUCAGUCGUUUCUUCUUCCGGCACCGGCGUGUCAUACAUACAUUCGGGUCCUAGAUCGUCUUUGGCUGGAUUUCAGAGCGUUAAGAAUUUCCCGGUAGUUACUCGAAGCGUCAGCAUCAUUCAAACAUCCAAUGUUUCUCGCUCCGUCGUUCCAAUGAGUGUGGUGCUCAGUCCGACGUCACCAGCUCUGCUGAACACCCAAUCGGCCAUACGUGGAGCCCGAACCGUGCAGUCUCCUCAAACAACAGCCAGCUUGCGUUUUACAGGGCCAUCAUCAGGUCAGCGAAUUGUUAUCCAACCACCUAGCGGGAACGCUAGGUCACUUCUGGUUCAAUCUUCUGAAAAUGUGCUC